CAGUGGCAGGAAGAAUAGUUCGUUUGAAGUAGGAUACCGGUCCCGUUUUUUUCAUGCCGAACUAUUUUCUAACUGUUUAUAGUUUUUAAUUACAGCGGUUGUUCCGCAGAGGUGUUUCCAAAGAUGAUGCACGCUUUGAAAGGCGUCAGGCACUACAGCACAGUGAAACAAGCAGUUUCAGAGCUCUCUGUGCCGGUCCCGUGGGGGGAGAUCAGAGGUAAAGUCUGGGGUCCUGAUCACGGUCGUCCUGUGCUGUGCCUGCACGGCUGGUCUGACAACUGUGGAACAUUCAACACCCUCAUUCCCCUUCUGCCAAAAGAGUGCAGAUAUGUGGCGGUGGACCUGGCAGGUCACGGUCAGUCAUCACAUCGUGCUCCUGGAGUUUUCUACUCUUUUCCGACAUAUGUGAUGGAUGUACACAGAGUUGUUGACGCUCUGCAGUGGAAAAAAUUCUCCAUCAUAGGCCACAGCAUGGGUGGCAACAUUGCUGGACUGUACAGCGCACUGUAUCCUGAGAUGGUGGAUGCCGUCGUACUGCUGGACUCUUAUGGAUUCUUACCUACAGAACUGAAAGAAGUGCCUAAAGUGAUGAGGCAGGGCUUUGACGAGCUGCUUCAGUUUGAAAAAAAGACAGAGGAGAAGAGGAUAAGAGUUUACACUUAUGAAAAUGCAGUAGAGAGGCUUUUGGCUGCAAACCCGACUCUUUCUGAACAGUCUGCGCACAUCCUUUUAGAGCGAGGUGUAGCUCAAGUUGAAGGAGGAGUGGUGUUCUCUCGAGACUUUCGUGUUAAUCUGAAAAACGUUGUGCGCAUCAGUUUUGAGCAGAGUCUGGAGAUGCAGUCGAGGAUACAAGCCUCUGUUCUAGUUGUUCUAGCAGAGGACGGCUUUGAGAAACUCUUUCUUGAAUCAGAUCAAAGGAAAUUUACCUCAGCACUUCUCCAGACCUAUAGGGACAGAAAUCACACGGUGGUGACAGUACCAGGAGAUCAUCACAUCCAUCUGAAUAAUCCUGAAGUCGUUGCUCCACUCGUGUCUGACUUCCUGCAGAACAAAGUGCUCUCACAGUCAGCCGCCCUGACAAACGAAGGGAACGCCAAGUUAUAGCAAACACAAAUAAGCAUCGAUUUUGCCUCAAGUCAUAGAACACUGCUACAAGUUCUUGUGUUUGUACUGUAAAGCUGACACUCUGUGCUCCAACCAGAGUCAACCAGCUGCCUUAGCAUCAACCAGUUGCCUCAUGCUGCUUUUGGUGGACUCGAAAUUUGAGGAACUGUAUUAUUAAAUAUAUUUGAAUAGAUAUUAAUUUGUAUUGUUGUUGAUGUGAGUGACAGUGGCAGUGUGAGCCUUGUUUCACACCAAGCUGCUUUCUUCAAGUCCAGAUGGUGUGUAAAGUAGCGAAGGCGGAGUGUUGCCUCAGAUGAAGAGACAGAUCAGCAAAAGGCAGCUUAACUGUGCUUUUAACUCUGUUUGUUUCUUUGGCUUUUUGAUCCACUGAACAGGUGUCAUUCACAACCAGGUUCACUCAUUUCAGAGAUUUCCUAUCAAGGCUGUAUUGGUCAACACCAGGCUUUCAUGCACCAUUGUAUUUAAACAGUAAUGACACUCCUGUAACACAUCAUUUUGACUAUCAGAGACAAAAUGAAAGUAAAACAGUAGAAGUACACUUGAAAACAUCCUGAUAUCCUGACGGGAUGAUACAGUAAGUUAGUUUAGUACAUACAUUACAUUAGUUUGAAAGAGCACUGCACUGAUCCAGUAUUUCAGUCCUUCCCUUGACAAAACCUGGCAAGACCUACAUUACCCACAAUGCAAGUCGACCAGCAACAGUUCAGUAAACUCACAUGAUUUUUUCAUCUUCCAAGUUGUACUCUUCAGCCCCCACUGACGCCGACUCAAGUGACAUCACUUGAGGACAUUUUUCAGACUUCAACAGAGGAGAGGCCAUGUUACCCAAACAAACAGUGUGUGUCCUCUGUAUGGUUUUUAUUUGAAGACUUCAUAAUCAGCUGUACUUUUUAAGACACAGCUCAGUUUUCAUCAAGCUUGAGGUAUAUAGUCUCAACUGUGCUUUUAGUUGAAUGCUACUAUUAGUGUGCUAACAUUCCUGCAUCUACUGUCAGUUUUUGUUGUCAUCAAAGUGCCAGUUCAGUUGUACUGUGUAUCUUAUUUACCUGUCUAAUUUUACUGUGUAUUUUAACUGCAUAUCUCUAUAAUAACUCUAUCAUAACUCUACUGUCUCUCUUUAGUCUAUUUUAGCACUAAGGUAAUAGUCAUGGAGCUAUACUGGAUUGCAUUAUAUUGAGAGGUGGUCCUAUUAUUUCCCUCCCUGCAUGAGGUUAUACAGUUGUACCUAAUAAAGUGACCACUGAUUGUACAGUAUAUGUAUAUAUUUUAUUUUAGAAGAGUGUGUAUAUAAUACAACCCUGAUUCUAAAACAGUUGGGGGACUGUUUAAAACAUAAA